GCUCAGUUGACCAGCGUCGCAACAGGGCGACGCGCCUUCCUGCAGACUCUCCACCUUCUUGCACAGCUCAGCCUGAAUCCUCCGUCAGUUCCCAGUCUCUCGGCUGUGAUUUCCUCUUUGUGUCUUUUUGAGAAGAAAUUCUCCGACAACGUUUUCAGUUGCACAUCUGAAAACUGAGUUGGCGCCUCGAACGAUCCCCUGUGGGAGGAUUCUCUUUGAAAACCUUUAUUUUGAAAGGAGAUACUGGGAACACUGGACGAACUCGCCUGAUUUCUUUUGGUGAUUUUGGUCUUAAAAGCAUCUUCAGACUUCAGGCAGAUCCCCGUCGACAGACUGUGUGCAGCACCAGCAGCCAUGCUAUCAUUGGGCGAGCCGCUGGACUUAAAGCUUCCCUCAGGACGGACGAACGGUGGCGUCAGGUUGGGAAAGAGGACUUAUCCCUCCUCCAUCUGCGCCCCGCUCAGCAGCACACGACCACACCUGCUCUUCACAACCUUCCCGUCUCCACCUUCCUCCCCAGAGUCGCAGUCUUCCCCUCAAGAACGACCCGGGUCCUGCUUCAGCCCUCCAGCAAUGGACCUCAGCAUGUCGCCCUCCUCCCGCCACGCCUCCUCCCUGUCCCCGUCUCCCUCCUCCCCCUCCUCCCCCUUUCCUUCCUCGUCCCUGGAGUCCCCUCGCAGCAGCGGCAGCCCUCAGCCACAUCUCUUCUCACGGGAGCCGGCUCGUCAUCGAAGCGUGGAGGGCGGCGCCCCCCUCCAGGGUUACCCCUUCUAUCUGCCUAUUGGAAGUCCCCCGAGGGCCUACAGCUUCCCCCCCUCCGUGUUCCUCGCUCAGAGCCGAGAGAAGCAGCUUUGUGCAGAACCUUCUCUGGACGGUCAGCUGACAUGCAGGUGGAUGAAGUGCCACCUGCUGUUCGACUCGCUGCAGGACUUAGUGGAUCACAUCAACGACUUCCACGUUAAGCCUGAAAAGGAUUGUGGGUACUGCUGCCAGUGGGAGGGCUGCGCUCGGAACGGCCGAGGUUUCAACGCCAGGUAUAAAAUGCUGAUUCAUAUCCGCACACACACCAAUGAGAAGCCGCACCACUGUCCCACCUGCAACAAGAGCUUCUCCCGUCUGGAGAACCUGAAGAUACACACGCGCUCACACACAGGAGAGAAGCCCUACAUCUGUCCUUAUGAAGGCUGCAGCAAACGUUACUCCAACUCCAGCGACCGCUUCAAACACACCCGCACGCAUUACGUGGACAAGCCCUACUACUGCAAGAUGGCAGGCUGCCUGAAGCGCUACACGGACCCCAGCUCGCUCCGCAAGCACAUCAAGGCCCACGGGCACUUUGUGGCGCAGGAGCACAGCGCUGCGAGCAGGCUGGGGCCGGGGCUGAGCCUCGCCGUGCACCACAGUGCAGCCGAACUGCCCUCUAUAGGCGGGGCCCACAUUAUCAUCCCCGGGGCCACUGCGGCUCUUCUCGGGGGUCUGGGGACGUCUUUGCCUCUCUCUGCUUUCUGCCACGCCAGAGCCCUGGGCCACCAUGUGGCUCCACUCUUCUCAUUGGCUGCAGGAGGCGGCUUGGGGCCGCUCAGCCUCUCGGACUCUCCUCUGUUUCACUUUGGACUUUCAGCUGCAUCCAUGUUGGGGCUGGGAGCUCUGGGGGGUCUGGGGCGGAUGGCUGGGAAGCAGAUGGAAGAGGAAGAGGAGGAAGGAGAGGAGGGGGAGGCGCUUAACCUGUGUGCAGGGGUGGGGCACAGACGAGGUGACCCCUUGUCCUGGGUGGUUGUUCCUCCGAGGGCGCUCCUCCUAAAACCAGCUGUUGUCAGCUAGGAUGUGCACUCAGCCAGGCACAGAACCAGAGAGUGUGUGUGUGUGUGUGUGUGUGUGUGUGUGUGUGUGUGUGUGUGUGUGUGUGUGUGUGUGUGUAAGGGAUCAAAGGUCACUGUCACCUGCAAAACCAUGAAAAUCACUUCAGUCAUUCCAGCCCAGAAACAACUGAAGACAGACAGAGAGACACAAGUGUGUGUGAUGAGUGUAAACUGAAACUAGAGAUGAGUGUUGGGUUUCCAAAGUCUAACACUUUAAAGGGUUAGUGUACCCAGAGGACAAAGGGAGAGGAAACACAGUAUCCAGCCAUGCAGAUCCAUUUUCAUCUGCCGACAUUUUGAGGUGUUUUUCUUAGAGUUCUGGCAACAGCACUAAAUAGUAUAGAAUAAUAGUAUAAUGUAUUUUUAAAAGUCCCGGUUAUUUUGGAUAAUCCACGGCAUCAGUGUGAACACUUUCUUUAUUUGAACUGCUUUGCAAUGAGAUUUUCAGAUUUCUAGCCACAGCACUCCUCUGUAACAUCCAGCAGCAGGAGACUCCUCUGUAACAUCCAGCAGGAGUCUCCUCUGUAACAUCCAGCAGGAGGAGACUCCUCUGUAACAUCCAGCAGGAGAC